AUGGAGGACAAGGCCAUCAGGGUCAACACGUUCCAGACUGUGCUCAUUACGGACGGCAAGUUCUCUUUCACCAUCUUCAACUAUGAGUCCAUCACGUGGACCACAGGCACACAUGCCAGCAGCGGGGGUGACGCCACUGGCCUGGGGGGCAUCGCGGCCCAGGCUGGCUUCAACGCGGGAGAUGGGCGGCGCUACUUCAGCAUCCCAGGCUCGCGCACUGCGGAUAUGGCGGAGGUGGAGACCAGCACCAACGUGGGCGUGCCCGGGCGCUGGGCUUUCAGAAUCGAUGAUGCCCAGGCCUCUGUGGGGGAGCAGAUGGAGCAGGCACACUGGGCCCUCCAAACGACUGCAGAGGCCCUGGGAGCAGUGCUGCGGGGAGGACCAGCCCCCUGGUGUCCCCACCCAUGCUCCUCCGUGUGCCUGGCUCUGCGCCCAUGCCUCAACGGUGGGAAGUGCAUUGACGACUGCGUCACGGGCAACCCUUCCUACACCUGCUCCUGCCUCUCUGGAUUCACUGGGAGGAGGUGCCAACUGGAUGUGGAUGAGUGUGCUUCCCACCCAUGUCAGAAUGGUGGGACCUGCACCCACGGCGUCAACAGCUUUAGCUGCCAGUGCCCAGCUGGCUUCGGGGGACCCACCUGUGAGACAGCACCAUCUCCAUGUGACACCAAAGAGUGUGUGAAUGGCGGCAGGUGCCAGGUGGUCAGCGGCUCCGCGGUGUGCGAGUGCCCAGUGGGCUACACGGGCCACGCCUGUGAGACAGACGUGGACGAAUGCGGCUCCAGCCCGUGCCUGAACGGAGCCUCAUGUGUCGACCUUGUGGGGAACUUCACCUGUCUGUGCACAGGGCCCUUCGAGGGACCACGCUGCGAGGCAGGAAGCCAGCCAGUGCCUGACCCCUGCCUCUCGGCCCCUUGCCAGAAUGGGGGCACCUGUGUCGACGCAGAUGAGGGCUACGUGUGCGAGUGCCCCGAAGGCUUCAUGGGCCUCGACUGCAGGGACAGAACCCCUGAUGACUGUGAGUGCCGAAAUGGUGGCAGAUGUCUCGCGGGCAAUACCACCCUCUGCCAGUGCCCCCUGGGCUUCUUUGGGCUCCUCUGCGAAUUUGAAGUCACAGCCACGCCCUGCAACAUGAACACCCAGUGCCCCGAUGGCGGCUACUGCAUGGAGUACAGCGGGAGCUACCUGUGCGUCUGCCACACUGACCACAACAUCAGCCACUCACUACCCUCACCCUGUGACUCAGACCCCUGCUUCAACGGAGGCUCCUGCGAGGCCCAAGAUGACUCCUACACGUGCGAGUGCCCACGUGGGUUCCAUGGCAGGCACUGCGAGAAAGCCCGGCCGCGCCUGUGCAGCUCGGGGCCCUGCCGGAAUGGGGGCACCUGCAAGGAAGCAGGCGGCGAGUACCAGUGCAACUGCCCUUACCGCUUCACCGGGAGGCACUGUGAGAUCGGGAAGCCAGACUCGUGCGCCUCUGGGCCCUGUCACAAUGGAGGCACCUGCUUCCACUACAUUGGCAAAUACAAGUGUGACUGUCCCCCAGGCUUCUCUGGGCGGCACUGUGAGAUAGCCCCUUCCCCCUGCUUCCGGAGCCCCUGUGUGAAUGGGGGUACCUGCGAGGACCUGGGCACAGACUUCUUCUGCCGCUGCCGAGCAGGGUACACAGGACGCCGGUGCCAGGCGGAAAUUGACGAGUGCAGAUCCCAGCCGUGCCUGCAUGGGGGCUCCUGCCAGGAUCGAGUCGCCGGGUACCUGUGUGUCUGCAGCCCGGGGCAUGAAGGAGCCCACUGUGAGCUGGAGACAGAUGAGUGCCAGGCGCAGCCCUGCAGAAACGGAGGCUCCUGUAGGGACCUCCCAGGAGCCUUUGUGUGCCAGUGCUCCACAGGCUUCACUGGAGUCCACUGCGAGACAGAGGUGGAUGCCUGCGACUCCAGCCCCUGCCAGCACGGAGGCCAGUGCAAGAACGGUGGCGGGGCCUACCUGUGCGUCUGCCCAGAGGGUUUCUUCGGCUACCACUGUGAGACAGUGAGUGAUCCCUGUUUCUCCAGCCCCUGUGGGGGUCGUGGCUACUGCCUGGCCAGCAAUGGGUCCCACAGCUGUACCUGCAAAGUGGGCUACACGGGCAAGGACUGCGCCAAAGAGCUCUUCCCACCAACGGCCCUCAAGGUGGACCAAGUGGAGGAGAGUGGGGUCACCAUCUCCUGGCACCCACCCGAAGGCCAGGCUGCCAGGCAGAUGCUGGAUGGGUAUGCGGUCACCUACGCCUCUGCUGACGGCUCCUUCCGCCGCACCGACUUUGUGGACCAGAGCCGCUCCUCCCACCAGCUCCGAGCCCUGGGGGCCGGCAGGGCCUACAACAUCUCCAUCUUCUCGGUCAAGCGCCACGCCAACAAUAGGAACGACAUCAGCAGGCCCCUGGUGCUGCUCACCCGCACGCGACCUCGCCCUGUCGAGGGCCUUGAGGUCACCAAUGUGACGGCCAACGCCAUCUCCGUGCGGUGGGCUCUGCAUAGGAUACGUCACGCCACUGUCAGCAGUGUCCGUGUGUCCAUCCGCCACCCUGAGGCCCAAGAGGACCAGUCCAACGAUGUGGACAAAAGUGUGGACAUGUUCACAUUCAGUGCCCUGCUUCCUGGAAGGAGAUACACCGUCCGGGUGACCGCCCUCAGUGGGCUCGGGGCACAGGAGCGCCCUACGGAGAGCAUGGCGUCGGCUCCAUUGCACGUGUGGACCCGGCCUCUGCCGCCAGCAAACCUGACUGCCACCCGAGUCACGGCCACCUCUGCCCAUGUGGUCUGGGAUGCCCCCACUCCAGGCACCUCACUGGAGGCGUACGUCAUCAACGUGACCACCAGCCAGAGCACCAAGAGCCGCUAUGUCCCCAAUGGGAGGCUGGUGUCCUACACGAUACGGGACCUGGUGCCCGGGCGGCGGUACCAGCUCUCAGUGACAGCCGUGCAGAGCACAGAGGGUGACCAGCUGCACAGCGAGCCUGCUCACCUCUACAUCAUCACCUCCCCAAGGGACAGCUCCGACAGACGCUGGCACCGAGAAGGACUCCACCCACGGGUGCUCAGAAACAGACCAGUCCCAGCGCGCCUGCCGGAGCUGCGUCUACUCAGUGACCAUGGGGCCCUCGAAAUGCCAACGCAGGCGCCCAGGUUCUCGGAGCUCGUAGACGGCAGAGGACGAGUGAGUGCCAAGUUCAGUGGCUCACCUGGCAAAUCGGUCACCAUGAGAUCACAACCCACAGCUCUGGUGCAGCUCGAGGACACCACUGAGCAGGUCAGCCUGACCCUGCAGCACCCCAAACGUGACGGCGACAAGGACAUGGGAAACACCCCUGGGAACUGUACAGAAAACCCCUGUCAGAACGGAGGCACCUGCGUGCCAGGCGUGGACACCCACAGCUGUGACUGCAGCCCAGGGUUCAAAGGCAGGCGCUGCGAGCUUGCCUGUAAAAAGCAGCCCCAGCCCUGCACGCGCCUGUUCUCGGAGACAAAGUCCCUGCCAGUCUGGGAAGGAGGUGUCUGCCACCACGUGUAUAAACGGGUCUACAAGGUACACCAGGAUAUCUGCUUCAAAGAGAGCUGUGAGAGCACAAGCAUCAAGAAAACCCCAAGCAGGAAACAAAGUAACAGUGCAACACUGAAGACAGCGUAGGUACUAGGAUUCUGGACAUUCUUGCUAUAAUCCACCAACCUCACAAGUUUCUAAAGCCCUGGAAGAUGAGGUCUAAAUUGAAUUGACAAGAACACCCUGAGUGACAGGGUCCUGGCUGGAGUCUGUCCCCUCUGUGGCUUCGCUCCUCCGGCUUCUAGAAGACAGAUGGCCAGACGGGUCCAGCCAGGGAGGUCCUCUAGGACAGACACCUCCUAGUCCCACACUGCCUCCAGCACAGGGCUGGAAGUUUCUCCAGGGUGGCCUGCAUCGCUGACGAGCAGCCACCAUGUGCAGAGAGCACUGGAUGAAGCCUCAGCAACAUCCAGAAACUAGUUCCAGAUUCUAAAUCAGAGAAAGAAUUCUCCCUUUGAAACCCAAGAGCCAAAAUGAGGAGGAGCUGCCAUCGACAACCUGCAGAGCAGAGGGUGGGGCUGGGAGGCAAGGAGUGCAGACUGAUGAGGGGCACAGGGAAGCAGGCUCACCUCCCCAGCAGGUCAUUUACGAAGGGAGGUGAAGGCUAGUGAUCCAUCCACCAACCAGCAGAUUCUGAAAGAGAAAAUGUUCAUACCAUACUAAGCUGGAGUUUAGACACUUUUAGUCUACCACUUUUCCCAGAAAGGGUCAGGCAGGAAAUAUCUUUGACUUUGUCGACCGGGUGAUCUCUGUGGCAACAACUUAGCCCUGCGCUUGUGCACAAAAACAGCCAUUCACAUGUGCCUAGUCCAGUGAGGCUGUUCCAAUAAAACUUGAUUUACAAAAUUGGGGGCCACUUCCCCUUGACCGUAUGUGGCUAACUCCACUCAGGCUUCGGCCUGAUGCAGAGAAAGCCAUCCCAGACGACAAGUUACAGCAUGGCACCAAAGACCCACCCGAGUGUCAUGGAAUUGCUACACAAACCCUGUUUGGGAAGGCACUUGGCGGUGGCCAGGGCUCCUCCUUAUAGGUCUGAGUAACGAAGACAGGCAUCUGGGGCGGGUAAGGCCAAACAAUGUUUAAGAUCCUUUUAAUCCACAACUCAGGCAACACAGUUUCAGACUACCAGGCAGCAAGCACCAUCUCCACACUAAACAGCUCCCAGCAUUGCGCAUCAUCGCCACACCGCAUUCCAGAGCCUUCUGAACAGCUUUCCUCCCUGCAAGUGAGGCCACUACAGAAGCCAGCCCACCUCCACCUGCUGGGCACUUUAACAGCCGACCCAACUGGAACCAGAGCCCCGGUGCGUCUUCACUGACACUCCCAAGUCAGUUUUGCAGCCAUAGGAAGAGCUCCUUCCUCUCAUCUUUACAAAACAUUUUUUAAAGAAUUAGAGUAUAUUUUAGAGUGGGUUUUUUUUUUUAUUAAAGUUGUGUGUAUAUGUGUCUGUGUAGUAUACUUGUCAUUUUCAGAAAGGAGAUUAGUCAUUCCCAGAAAUCUCUACUGCGCUCCCAGUCUCAGGGCCAUCUGAAGGCACAAGCUCCACCAAGGGGCUCCAACCCUGGGUGAAGGAGAAAACCAUGACCAUGAACACAUGCCGCUGACUCCUGCUGCGGCACUGCGACCUGUCACUGUGUGUCCACAUAAGCUACAGCAUCACCAGCAAAUGACAAGACCAAGUGGCAUCACUGGAAAAGCAGAUGAAACUUUCUGUGACCAUGUUAAUGACCUCAAGCCCCUCAGCCAUGAGGCAGACGUGCUCGAUUUUAGCUCAGAAACAUUUGUUUUUACAAGUCUACUGAAUCGUGGGCUUAGUGCCGUGUGGUCUUACAAUUAGCCCAUUUUGAUGUUGUACAAAUUAAAUACCUAAUACAAAGACUUCCUGACACUAAAGGAAAUUACAAAUCAUCCUUGAAACACUCCAAACGAGCUUCCACAUGGCUCCUUCGUAAAACUCUUCUUCCUUGAAAAUACUCAAUGUCCAUCCAAAGAAAUUAAUAAUACUGGAUCAGAAAACUGUCAGGGCAUCAACAUUUACUUCUGUGUCAAAAUCACAGGGGAGCAACCUUGAGUUGCAGAGUUAGCCACCUGCUGACCAGGCUGGGUGACCUGACCAUCCAAUUAGACUUAGGGUUCCACUGUGUCUCCUAACUGGGCACAAAAACCACACUGUAGGCUCCAGGGAACAUGCUGGUCACUUGGACACCACAAAAUGGAGAGUAAGUGAAAACACUGGCAUGUGGUGAAGUAUUUUCUUUUUCAAAAAUUUUGUCUCUGGCCAAGAAAGGCAGUAAAGACAGAAUGUCCCCUUUCCCCACUGCACAUGGCGGUCACAGAGGAAACGGAGCGACUCGCCACCAGGGAGUUCAGCAGUCAAGGGCCACUUCAUGUCACCGAGCUCCAACACCUUCCUUUUGCUGGACCGCCUCCCGCUGGCCAGCCAGGGCCACAGAUGUCUGGCUCACAUGUCCAGAGGUUCCCUGAGCUACUUGUUUUGCACACAGUGCCUCUCUCUGCAGUCCCGGAGCCAAGAGAAAGCAAAAGCACGAUUGUUUUGAUUCAGCACUGAAUUCCCUUGUAAAAUAAAGCUCAAGUCAGCCAACUGAAAUCCAGUGCACAGGGAAAGGAACUCUCUUUAAAAUCGAUUUACUUUCCUUUUAAAUAAAAUAAAUACAACAAAUGUAAGCCCA